AUGAAGCUCACUGAGGAAAGAUUCCGCGCUGAACAGAGGCCUGGAAACAUGCCACCUCCGGUGGAAGGUGUUUCUCUGACGGGUCAAGUCGCCAUGAUCACCGGCGCAAAUACAGGCAUUGGCUAUGAAACCGCGAAACAUUUCGCUACCAGAGGGCCUGCCAAGUUGAUUAUGAUUUGUCGAAGUGAAGAGAGAGGUCAAAGUGCGCUAGCAAGGUUAACAUCUGAAACGGGUUUUGUAAAUGUCGAACUUUGGAUUAUGGACUUGAAGUCCUUGAAUUCGAUCAAAGCGACUAAGGAGAAAGUUGACAAGCUUGAUCGUCUCGAUAUUCUCGUCGAGAAUGCCUCGGUGGGGCGAUACGUAUAUGAAAUGACGCCAGACGGUUGGGAGUCUACCCUGCAAGUCAAUGUUGUUGGCGCUGCUCUGCAUAUUAUUUUGAAUCUCCCCAAGAUGCUCGAGACCGCCGAGCGGUACCCGAAACUCACCCCAAGGAUCGUCUUGGUUACAAGCGGUGCCCAUUACACGGUUGAUUUACCUGCUGAGUCGAUUCAUGCUCAAAAUAUGUUAGAGUAUCUGAACAGCGAAGAAUAUUCUCGCCAAGCUAUAGAAACUGGUCAAGGCUCGAGAUAUGCAGAAUCAAAGCUGCUUGAAGUAAUGUUCAUCCGCGCCCUUCAAUCCCAUCUUCCAACCUUUUCACCGACCGUAACGUGUUGCUCUGUCAGCCCUGGCUUCUGCAAUACCGAAUUGACCCGAGAGGCAACCGGUGAAGAGGCCGAAACAAUUCGUAAAAUGAAGGAGGCGAUGGCACUAAGCUCUGAAGAGGGAAGUCGUCAGGUUCUUUACGCUGCCGUUGGCGACAGAGUUCAGGAAGAAGCCUUCAGAGGGGCUUACGUGGCGUUCACAAGUGUGCAGGAAUGCAGUGAUUUUAUUCUCAGUGAUGAAGGACAAAGGGCGGAGAGGAAGCUAUGGAACGAGCUUGUGGAUGUGGUUAGUAAGGCUGAUGGGAGGGCGAAGGCUGUCAUCCGGGAAUAUCUAAGCCUGGCUUGA